GUGACGUCACGGCUAGGAUACCGGGACAGCUCAGCCGAGUGCGGCUGUGUUCCGGUCGUGCUCGCGCUAAAACUCAGGAUUUCAGCAGUCAGGCGGCGUGUUAACCGCCCAAACCCGCAUCAAAUAUUGUUCAGACAUUGUUACAACUACCACCAUCAUGGGACCGGGUUAACUUGGUAAGAAUCAGAGUUUAACGGCGUCAAAAGGACGACCUUUGACGUGAGAGCUUCUGUCUGGGGAGCCGCCAUAUUGAAAACUGCAACUGUUGACGCCGGACAGUCGACAGACAGAAACAAGCCUUAAAAGCGAUGACUGACUGAACUUAAGAAGAUUGUAGCGGGACAGAAGACUCAGGAACACACCAUACAUCCUUCUGCAGCAAUUCCACAAGUUUACCACAACUCAGCACAUUUUGUUUGAGACUAAGGCCCCAUCCCAUCCACCAUGUACAGAAGACUACAAGAGAUCCGUCAGUCCCAUGAGUUGUGCCGUGUCCCCAACCCCCCCUCCAACCCCAAGCCAGCCAACCAGGCACCACAGGAUGUCCAGCGCCAGACCCGUAUGGUCCGCAGAAACCUCCGCAAGGCCCCCCAGGUCCUCAGUGUGGACACGAACGAGGUGAUGGACUUCUGUGAAGAAGCCGAUCGUCACCUGAAGGCUGGGCACAGACCUGAGUACAUUCCACCCAGAGGAUUCUCAGACAACAUGCCAAACAGAUACAUGAGAUCAUCCCCCACAGAAGAGGAGCUGGAUAGAGCCUUAGACGAGCACGCGGAGAGACUGUACCACCACAAACUGCAGACCCAGAUGUUUGGGGAGGACUUCAGCGCCUCAAAGCUGCCACCAAAGAAGCGAGGUAAGAAAGUCCGCGCUCAGGAGAAGCUCCACCAACUCGAGCAGGAGCGCCACAACGCCGUGCCCUUCAGCCAUGAACACCAGCUGCUCCGAGCGGCGUGCACCACGGCAGGACAUGUCCGAUAA